AGCAAGAGCUGCUAGCUAGCUAGUAGUUGAGUCGAGUCAAGUCAACCUCGCCGUUGGAUAUCACAAUUUUCAAAAAGUAAAGCAUCGCAUCAAUCUUCAGCAAUCAGCAACAAUGGGAAACUCUACCUCUUCUCGUGCAGACAAGGCCAAUUGCGUUGAUCAGUUGGUGGGUUUGGAAGUUGUGUUCGACAGCAGUGAAUCUGAAUCGAAUACUAGUAAUAGUAACGCCGUCUCCCUCACGAAGAAGACCAGCCUCCGACUGAAGCGCGUCUUGUCUCGAACCAACUCCACCCGCAGCGGAAAUGAUAACGGGCUCGGAGGAAGACCAAGUGGAAGUAGCCACAAGGGGAAAAGCCGCGGAUCCACAUCAUCAUCAUCUGCGCGGGAUUUUAUGGAGUGCCUUGCCAAGCUGGAUCCUCAAGAUAUUGCAAAUAUCAUGCAGCAGUGCCAAGAAGAUGCCGAAGAGGGCACUGUGGCUCGAUCCAACACGAGCCUGGAAGACUACGUCAAAGCAACAACUCCUCCACAGUUACCAGCAGCUAAAGUCAGCACUCCCAAGCUCAAGAGCUGCAGAAACACAGCAGCAUAAGUUGAAGCCAAUCUCGCUGGCGCUGCUCAAAACCCUUGUACAUCUACUAGCUACCGGUGGUAGAAUGAAUACCCUCUGCCCCUCUAUGCACAUAACCCAUGUAAAUACAUUUCCCCCCUCCAUCAUAAGACAACCUCUUUAAUAACUAGCUAGCUAGCAGUACCGGUAC